GUAGGCAGUGUGAUGAAAAAAGUAAUGACUUUGUAAUUUAUUGGUGUGAUCAAUCAAUUGCUGGUGAUCUGCGGUGGCACAAUGGUGGUCGGCGGCGACGAAUGACAGUGUGGCGAUGAUAGUGUGGCAGUUACAAUGUGACAAUGUGACGAAAAGAGAGGGGGGAGGGAAGCAACAUACGAGACAUGACCAAUCAGAGAGCUCUUCGCCAGAGUUCGUCGUGAUGAUCUCGUUCGUAAUUCUUGAUUUUUUUGUUCGUACAAGAGAACAUCACUGGCGAUCGUCGAAGUGAGGAAGAAAAUGACAAGAGGUGAUUAGGUUGUCAAGCGAAGGGUAAGAAAUUUCUACACAUCAAACAUUUAUCAGUCCAAAUGUUAAGUUUCAUGCGUAAAAUCUCCGUUCAUCACGGGAGAAUUACAUUGAUUAUAGUUUCUCCAACUCAGAGACUCGGUUUUCUUCAACACGCCCCAUUUUCAUCAUCUAUAUCACCUCAAUCCGGAUCUGUCGAUGCAAAAGGAGCCUCAUUUGCCUGUUCUUACUUGAUAAACGAAUUAGGGUUCGACAAAGAAAAGGCUCUCUCCGCUUCCCGGUUGGUGAGAUUCAAAACCCCAGAUAAACCAGACUCUGUGCGCCAGUUCUUGAAAGCCCAUGGAUUCGCCGAUUCCCAGAUCUCAUAUAUGGUCAAAAGGUUCCCACAAAUCCUCUCGUGCAAUCCCAAGAAAACCCUCUUGCCUAAGCUUGAUUUUUUCCAGUCUGCCGGGAUCUCGCAGGAAGAAAUCACAGACUUGUUCACAAGGGCACCACUACUGUUCCGAUUGAAUGUCCGUGAUAAACUGGUGCCUUCUUUUAAUUAUCUGAAGGGAAUGUUUCCUUCGAAUUCGGAAACUGUUAUAGCUAUGAAGAGAAUUUCGCUGAAUGCCGGAAACCUGCGUCUCAACUUUAAGAUGCUGGAGCAUAAUACUCAACUUCUGAGAGAUGCAGGUGUGCCUCAAUCUAACAUUGAUAAAUUGUGGGGGCAUAGUCCAAGGGUUUUAGCGGUAGAUAAUGAUAAAUUUCUUGAGAUUGUGGAGGGUGUGAAGGCCAUGGGAUUCAACCCGAAAAAAGUGAAAUUCCUUCUAGCAGUAAAGGCAUUCACUGCAUUGUCCAAGGACACUUGGCUGAAGAAGAUAGAGGCUUACAAUAAGUGUGGGUUCUCUGAAGUGGAGAUUCUUGAAGCUUUUGUGAAGUGCCCUUGGUGUAUGAUGGUCUCAACGGAGAAGAUUAAAGCUCUGGUUGAUUUUCUUGUUAACAAAAUGGGUUUUGAAAAAUCUGUGUUCUUGAAGAGGCCUUUGCUUUUCUCGUACAGCUUGGAGAAGCGGGUUAUGCCUAGAUGCCUCGUUUAUCAAAUCUUGGUAGCGAAGGGUUUGAUGAAGAGCGGUUUAGGCUCAUUACUCGACGUUUCUGAGAAGAGAUUUCUAAAAGAUUACAUUGAGUGUCAUAAAGGUGAAGCUUCUGAACUGUUGAAAGUAUACAAGGAAAAACGAGCCCUUGUCCAAUGAAUGUGGACCUGGAUAUGAAGGGAGAGCUUCAUUGUAGCUUAUAACUAGUACUAUCUACUAUGGGCUGUUAAAUAGUGGUAAAAAUACAAUUCUUGAUUCUUU